AUGAGUUUGCGUGUGAGUAUAUACAUUUCUUUCCGUUUUCCUUUAAUGUUAUUUUCCGCGCAUCAUGAUGAAAAUGAAGGUAAAAAUGUAAAGAAUAUAUAUAUAUAUAUAUAUGAGUCACCAAAAUCUCAUUUUGAACUCGGAGGGAAAGGAAGGAGAAACAGAAAGAGGAAUAUGGGUCCAUUCAUUUAUAUGUACUUUUGGCUCUCCACCCCGUUAAUGUUUUCCUUCCCACACCUCCGUUAUAUUCCUUUUGUUUUUUUUCCUUUCUUUAUGUGUUUGUGUGUGCGUCUUUGUUUGUUUUGUGAUCCUUAUUUAGUUAAUUACCCCAAUUCCAUCUUCAUUUUCCAUCCUUCUGCAUGGCAUUGGUGCCUGCUUUCAACUGUUUAUAUUAUGUGUUUGUUUGUUUGUGUGUGUGUGUGUGGAUAUGAUUGUCGUUGCAGCUGUUGUUCUGUGUCUGUGUGGAGAAAAAGCAAAAAAGGAAAAGAAAUUACAAAAGAAUCGAGUUAUGUCUUUCGCUUGUUAUUACUAUUACCAUUAUUAUUAUUAUUGGUGUUUUUUUUUCCUGUUUCUUUUAGUUUCUUUCAUUUGUGA